UCUCUCUUUUUUCCCUCUGUAUACCGCGAGCGCCCGCAACUAGCUGCCAGCCGCGCGCCCGCCGCUACCUGCUCGCAUCCAGCGCCCCGCCGCCACCCCUCGCGGUGAUCUAUGUGGGCGACGUCCACGGCUACAUCACGAAGCUGGAGAGCCUCUGUUCCAACCUCUAGGCCGCACUCCCCGCCGACGCCUUGGCCACCGCGCUGGUCAUCUUCCUCGGCGACUACAACGACCGCGGCCCGCACACCCGCAGGGUUCUCAACUUUCUCCUCGCGCUCCCGACGCGCUACCCAGCGCAGCGCCAUGUCUUCCUCUGCGGCAACCAUGACCUCGCCUUCGUGGCGUUCGUUGGGGCGCUGCCGCUGCCGCCCAACGGCUCCCUGUUCUUUGGCCACCUGCGCAGCGCCAUCUCUCUGUCCUCCCUCUCUCGCUCAUCCUCCCCCACCGCCCUGCUUAUUUACGCCCAUUUCUUAAGAGAGGAUUUGAUAGCCUGUCAGAAUAAAAGAGCUCGAGGAAAUUGCGGCGGCCGGAAAUUCUGGUCAUGGUGCCACACAAACACGAUAAUCUGCUUCAUCCUCGACGGAAUUGCCGUCGGGGUCGGGCGAUUCUUCGGAGGACAAGCGCCUCUGUUUCGUUGAGCUAGCUAGGUCCAUGGGGAUUAGUCAGGACACUCAUGAGUCGAUGGCAACAGAUGCAGCCAAUUACCUUUGCCACCAGCUUCAGCAUCUUCUUGGGCCUAUCUCUUCUGCGACGAGCCAAAGUGGCCCCUGGGAGGAGAGGUCGGCGAUGGUUAGGUUGACUCAGAAGCUGCAGAAAUCUAAGAGAAAUAAGCGGUGGCGGCAGAGGAGAAGGAAGCAUGUUGAAGAGCUUUUUCAGAAGGAGCGUGCGGAUUAUGAUAGAGUUGACCAGGAAGCUGAUGAAUGGAGGGCUAAGCAAAUAGCCAAGGACAUUGCAAAACAGAGGGUGGAAAGCAUGCAGCAGAUUGCUAGAAAGAAAACAAAUGUGGAAAGAAAGCGCCUAGAAUCUGAGCUGGAGCUUGCCCUAAUGGUCGAGAAACUUCAGGAGCUUCGGUCUAUAAGAGUUCAAAAAAUGAAGAAACAAGAUCCAUACUUGAACACAGAUGCAAGUACAAUGUCCCCCUUUGAGCAUGGUGAGGUGUCUGUUCUUGAUAACGGUGGAUAGGUACAGCUCCCUAAUACUUCCAUUUAAUACACAUUUUAAAAUUUGCAGCCUCGAUGGUAUCUACCUAGCAUGUGGUAUUUGUAGGUUGACUUGGAUUUAGAGAAUUAUGAGUGUUUCAUAGAUGUUACUCUGACGAGGGAUAACAAUAUUACCACUAGAAAUAUAUACUAGUCUGUCAUUGAGAAGGAGAGAAGGGGUGAUUAUAUUGGAAAGACUUUAUAGCUUUUGCAGAGAGCGGGCCGGGCGCUCUAGCUAGCGUGGCAACACCUGGAAGGCCUUGGAGCUAGCCGUUGCAUGUGGAAGCGUAGCUCCUGUUGUACUUUGCUUUUGCACGCUGUCUGUGCAUGGGUCGGCUCAUGUCAAAUCUCUGCCCUAGAUGCACGUUGCAACAACACGCUUUUUCCUGUAUGGACUACAGCUACAGCAAGCACAGACAGACAGCACCAGCAGCAGUAUGCAGUUCAUGGUAGAUUUAUAGACAUUUUUCGUAUCA